GCCUUUGAUCCAUAGCAUGUGUACAAUUGUACCCUUCCCUCAAAAAAAAAAAUUUGUACCCACGUUCCGCUGCCCUGCCGCCGCGUACGUUUCCGCUGACCGCCGCCGGCGCCGCCGCCACGCCAUGAUCCACCACCUCCGAACGCGCGUCCUUCCUCUCCUCCUCCGCUACCCACCAUCCCAUCUCCCCGCCUCCCACCUCGUUCCCCUCCACUGCCUCCUCUCCACCACCGCAUCCAUCUCCCCCAAACCUUUCUCCGCCAAGGACUUCCUCGUCGCCGACUGCGGCCUCACCCGAGCACAAGCCCUCAAGGCCUCCAGAAGGCUCUCCAACCUCACCUCCCUCUCCAAGCCCGAGGCCACGGUGGCCUUUCUCUUGGGCCACGGCGUCCCCCGCUCCGACAUCGCCGCCGCCGUGGUCGCCGACCCGUCCCUCCUGUACGCCAGCGUGGGGAUGGUCCUCGCCCCCCGCUUCGCCGAGCUUAGCGAACUCGGCUUCUCGCCUUCGCAGAUCGUGGCCAUCCUCUCGAUCCGCCGCACGGGCGCUCUCCGCGGCAACCUCCUGUUCUGGGUCCGGAUCUUCGACUCCUACCCCAAGCUGCUCUUUCUCGCAAAGUCAAACCGCGAGCUCCUCAGUGCCAGCCUCGAGAAGGUGAUCAAGCCGAGCCUGACCAUCCUCCAAGAAUGUGGGAUAAGUGCUCGUGAUAUUGCAGGUUUAAGCUUGUACUCCUGUCGGUUGUUCACCGUGAAACCCAAGUUUCUCGUGGACGCCGUGGCGCGGGUCGAGGAGUUAGGCGUGCAGCGAUGCUCAUGGAUGUUCUGCCGUGCACUCGCUGCACUCGCCUUCAAGAGCAAGGACGUUCUCGCCAGGAAAAUACAAUUUUUACAUGCGCUGGGGUUUUCACAGGAUGAUUUGGUGAAGAUCGCCAAGAAGGCGGCACUUGUCCUGGCUUUAUCUGAUAAAAAGAUCCAGCGAUCUGUGGGGUUCUUAAUGAAGGAUGUCGGUCUGCAGGCUUCGUACAUUGCUCGAAGGCCAGCGCUGAUCAUGUAUAGCGUUGAGAGGCGAUUGUUGCCCCGGUACUCCCUGCUUAAGCUUCUCAGGCAGAAGGGAUUACUGGACGUGGAAUUGGACUAUUAUAGCAUGGCAUCGCUGGCUGAGAAGAACUUUGUGCAGAAUUUUGUGGAUCCUUAUAAGGAUAGUGUUCCAGGCCUAGUUGAUGAGUAUGCCUCUGCAUGUCGUGGGAAAGCACCAAAAGGAAGUGCUUGGCUAUAACACUGAAACUGUGGUGUGCGAGAAUCCGUUCAUUUUGAGAUUAUCCGAGGAGUUUUGUCACCCCAAGACUGAUUUUUUGAUCGGUGAGAUCGGUUCGGAGUCAGAGUGCACUGUGAAUUGAUAAAAAGUCUGUACAGUCCAUGUACUGCAUGAAGAAGUGUCUGGUUCCCGGUAUCAUGAAAGAAGGACAGUGUCUCUGAGCUCGCUGAUAUGUAUGACGCAGCUUGUGCCGGGGAGGUUGCCUCCCAAGUCCAACUUUGGCAUUUUAAGAUAUUGAAGACUUGUUGUAUCCUUCAGUGUAGUACAUGUUCAGAUGGUAACAAUGCAGAUCCUACCCAUUAGUUACUGUCCAUUGUGCAAACACUCUUAGUUCUUAGUCUCAGCAAUUUAACAACUAGUUAUCUGAUUGCUACAAAACAAUUCAUGUUUUUUUUAGGAAUCAAUUACAAUCCAUGUUCAAAUUUUGGAUAUGUGGUACGAA